CGUGACCCAGCUUUUCUGUACACACACAGUAAAACACAGCAGGCACUUAAAAGCCAACGCCAUGGCGCUUUGACCACCAAUUUCACCCCAUAUCCAAACAAUCACUAUGAACCCUCUCCGUUGACAAACACGCACUAUCCCACGGCUAAUGGCGAGCGCGCUGCAGAUGAAGCCCUCCAGUCUGGAGCACACACGGAAGCGCGUAAUAGAUCCACGACGGAGACAAGCUGCACUCUCAUUCCUCAGCAACAUCUCUCUGGACGGACGACCCGUGCAGGAUGACGGGGAGAAUCAGACCGAGGACGAGGACAGCUCCAGGACUAGACAGAGCCUGGUCUCUGCAGUGGGCCAGCAGGCAUUGGCCGCAGCAGCGAACCAGGCUCUCAGCAGUGCCCGAGCUGCUGGUUUCAUGGCUGGUAUCACGGGUCCCAGCGCGGCCGCUGUUCCUCCUCCAGCGUUCGGAGAGGAUGCGGAGGGGGAUGUGUGCGGCUCUCAGGUGCUCCAGUCCGUGUUCAGCUCCCCCUUUUCAGCAGUUCCGCCGGCUACGAGAGGGAGACUUCAGACGUACACUCAGGGAAUCCUGCCUGUGUCCUACUCCAGGCAGUCCAGCCAGAACUACUGCUGUCUGGAGGGAGGGCAGAUAGCCAAUUCUGCCCUGGAACUGCAGAGAUCCAGGCGGAGACUAAUAUCCCAGCGUUCCUCACUGGAGACUCUGGAAGAUAUUGAGGAGAAUGCCCCUCUACGCAGAUGCCGAACUUUAUCUGGUUCACCCCGACCAAAGAGUUUCAAGAAGGUCCAUUUCAUCAAAAACAUAAGACAACAUGAUAUGCGCAAUGGAAGGAUAGUCCUUAUCAGUGGCAGAAGAUCCUUCUAUAGUGUUUUUUCUGUCCUGCCCUAUCGAGAUUGUAGCCAAACAGGAGAUGUGAAGGUAGAAAGCGGACGCCAGCGACACCCCUCGGGUGGCAUGAGUGCCAAGGAGAUGGUGAUCGGCCUGGAGGGUGUUGAAUUGGGUGCAGAUGGCAAGACAGUGUCAUACACACAGUUCCUGUAUCCAACCAAUGUCCUGGGUCGUCGAAACACCAUCGACUCCACGUCGUCUUUCUCUCAGUCUCGCAAUGCCAGUCACCGCAGCCUCACCCUGGCACGUGCCAACAGUAACCAGAGUAGCCUUGAUACCGGGAAUGAACUAGGAGAUUUCAGGGAGUAUGACCCCAAUCUUCUGGAUGACCCACAAUGGCCAUGUGGAAAGCACAAAAGAGUGCUUAUCUUUCCUUCAUACAUGACCACAGUCAUCGAGUAUGUCAAACCUUCUGAUCUCAAGAAGGACAUGAAUGAGACGUUCAAGGAGAAGUUUCCUCACAUUCGUCUAACACUGAGCAAGAUCAGAAGCCUGAAGAGAGAGAUCCGUAAACUAGCUCAGGAGGUGUGUGGCUAUGAGGAGUCCACGGUGGCCAUGGCCUUCGUUUACUUUGAGAAGCUGGUCCUCCAGGGUAAACUCAACAAACAGAAUCGCAAACUCUGCGCAGGGGCCUGCGUCCUCCUCGCAGCCAAGAUCGGUGGAGACUUGAAGAAACACGAAGUCAAGCUUCUGAUUGAUAAACUGGAGGAGAGGUUUAGGGUGAACCGUCGAGAGCUGAUCGCCUUUGAGUUCCCCGUUCUCGUGGCUCUAGAGUUCAACCUGCAUCUUCCAGAGCAUGAAGUCAUGCCCCAUUAUAGACGCCUUCUGCAAAACUCCUAGCGACAGCCCCAUCAGGGGAGUGUCCUCCUUCUCUCCUGAUCUUCUCAUCCCACAAACCCCCUAUGCACAUCCCCAACGUACACUAUCAUCUCCAGAUGUUGGAAUAAAGACACUAUUCCACUGUUCUCUUUUCAGCCAAAGUGACAACUCUAUACUCCAAGAAGCUACUUUCUAAAGGGAGUAACUUUUCCUGGACUGUUGAUUUCUCAGUUUACUUAAGACAUUUCAAAGUGUUCAUUUGUUUCACAUGUACAGGGUUGUAAGUGUUAAAGAAAUAGCAAAAAUUCUGUCAUCAUUUGCUCACCCCAUUAUUCGCAAUUUGUAUGCUGUUAUCCCCCCCCCACCCCGUGAAACACAAAAAGAAAACUUUUGAAGAAUCUUCAUGUUGUUCUUUUCCAUACAUUGACAGUUUUCAGUGACAAUGGCAGUCAAGCUCCAAAAACACACCAUAAAACAACUUUUUGUGAAGAGAAUACUAUAAUUUCUGAGGGAUGGUUCCCCCAACAAUUUAAAUCAUUCCAAAUGUGUAUAACUUUCUAAGUUUUUGUCUAUACAAUGAAAGUCCACUGGGUCCAAGAAAUAUGGAUAGAAAGACAUUUUUCAAAAAUAUCAACUUGUGUUCCAAAGUGGUUUGGAAUGAGUAGAUGAUGACAGAAUUUUCAUUUGUGUGAAACAUCCCUUUAAACGUUAUUUACUGAAAUAGUCUCCCCCUUCACCAAAACACUGAAAUUUUCAUUGUGUUCCAUUAAAAAAGAACAGCAUAAUGGUUGGAACAUUGAGUAAAACGAGUCGAGGUUGAGCAAAUCAUGACAGAACUUUUAUUGUUUGACUUUUCACUUUUCACUUAUCAAGUUUAUCAAGUUUGGACUGUUUGAUUUCACAUUCUUUCUAGAGGUUACAGUAUUCCUGUAUUUUUCCAUUCUUCUUCAUAUUUCCUUAACACUCUGCCAAAUCGGACUAAUUUCACUGCACUCGAUCACUCUCGGUUGAAAGCCUUAAAAAAUAGUCAAAUGAUCCUGAACUCUGGCAAGUAUGUGACUGUUCCUUAUGUACGGCAAGUGCACUUUUCAAGUCUUCUGAAUGGCAGACCUUUAUAGCAUUGGCAGAAGCUGUAGGUGGAGGGGUUUUCAUCUCAUUUUCAUUUAAAUUAAUUUCAGCCAGCAGUCCCUCUGUUAGUGUUACCACCAACCAAAAAUGUGUUGCAGACAGUAACAGCAGCAUCUGUGGUGGGACUUUUCUACAGUUCUUAAGGGGUACAUUUACGUACCCCGUCUUUGUUUUUUUACUCUUGUGUGUUGACUUUGACAGUUUAGUGUGGUGUGGCUUGCUGCACUCAUGGUUACUGUGGUCGUGCUCUAUGUUAGAGUGGAUUCUGAGCACAUUUGUAGUGCUACACUGUAUGAAGCAACAUCAGGUCAUACCGCUGAUAAUCAACGCUAUUUUGCCUAGCUAGGCUCAACAGUGGCGGGAAUAUAAUCUGUAUGACUAAUAUGCUACGGUGUUGACUAAUGCAUGUACACCAAAGCAGUGUUAAACUUGCGUUUGACUUGUAAAAGCUUCUUUUUGAGAAUAUGUUUUGAUUUGAUGAUUGUUUUAAAUCCGUUUCCUUUGAACCAGAUAUUUUCUAUCUCCAUUGGUGGUACAGAAUUGUGUGUAAGCUGGAUUUUAUCUCACAGCACACCGACUGUGUUGCUACAUUCAUAAUCCCAUUUUUAAAUAUGUAAAGUGUAUAAUGUUCACUAUGCACUACUCAGUUCCAUAAAUCAGUUAUAAACAACAGUUAGAGAUUGAUGCAAAAUAAAAUCAGCUGAGAAGUAUCUAAUAGCAGGAGUUAAACUUGCUUUUAGAAGAGUAAUGGCAAACUUGCAUUUAACCAUUUAACUCUAAAAAUAAAUAAUGCCUAGAAUGUGAAGAGUUAUAAAAGAACAAGAUUUGGCCUUGUGAAAUGCACUUUAGGUUUUGUUAGCAAGUGACUGGGAUGCCCAAAACAGAUUUGUGUAAAUAUGCUGCUUUGCUUGUUCAAUAAAAAGCUAAAAUUCGAA